AUGUAUUGGUUUCAGUUAUUUGGAAACUCUCAAUGGUGGGUAGUUGUAGUGACACCCUGUUGCUGUUGGCGUCGCCUGUGCAACUGCUAGUUGCUGCCAAAUCGGCGGCUGCUUCGCCUGCCCACACUUAUUGGUGCUCACACACGAUCGCCGUUUGUCCAGCGCUAAUCAAGGUUAUAGGCAGCAUCAUCAAAUCGCGCGGCGUCCACAGAUGGGCCAAUCAGUGAGGCCCUGAUGAUGGUAUAGGCUAUGCCGACAUUGUACACUUUACUUACGACCAGCAGUCGCAACUGUGCACUUUUAAAAAUCAAAGCUACCUUCUCUACCUUGUCGUCCCGGCUUACGAUCUGCAAACACGUUAUUGCAGAGGGUUCGAGAAAACUCACCACCUGCCUGGUAUUCAGCAAUACGGUGGUCAGGAAGGUCCGGCUGGGCAUACAGGUGGUGAGCAUGGCUGUCCAGUCAUCCUCGUCCUUCUGACUCCUGUUGGGUUGUUGUUGUUGUUGUUGUUGUUGUUGUUGAUGAUGAUGAUGAUGAUGAUGAUGAUGAUGAUGAUGAUGAUGAUGAUGAUGAUGAUGAUGAUGAUGAUGAUGAUGAUGAUGAUGAUGAUGAUGAUGAUGAUGAUGAUGAUGAUGAUGAUGAAAAAUCCUGGCCAUCUGCGCGUUGUGGACCAGGUGGUGUGGUGUCACGCUUAGGUGCGGGCCGGUCGUGGCCGCCACCUGUGCCCUCCCCUCCCCCUCCGGUCUUCUUGACUCCGUCCUAA